GCAGAUUUGACAGUUCAGUGUUUAUGAGUGCAGCUGGAUCUGAAGCAGGACGUCAGCGUGUGAGGAAGAAAAAGAAUUUCUUUACUGAAGAACAGGCAGACAGGUAAACCGCAGGUGUCUCAGGUUUUGUUUCAGCCCUGAGGAUUUUACAACACGAUGUCCUCUCCUCCUCCCGUCCCGAAGCCUCGAUCCCGUUAUAUGAGGGACCGUAUGACGUCGGCCUCCUCUGUGGACAGAGGUCUGACUGAUGAAAAUCAACCAGCUCUCUCUAAUGGAGUUCACCUGAGCACAGGUGAGGAUGCCCCUCCUCUUCCUCCUGUUGGUGGGUCGGAACGUGGCAUGGUCUACCCGACUCUGGCUGGGGUCACUGACAUCAUUGCCACCAACAUCCCAUCAUUGGCUGGCUUCGCCACCUCUAUCGGAGGCUCCGCCCCUCCACCCCCCUCAGCACCCUCAAUAGAUGGCAUAGCUAGCAACAUUGCUGCUCAUAUGCCUAGCUUAGCAGGGGCUGUUAACGAUGUGGCUAACCCUGCAACAUUAAACUCCGCCGCCACCACCACACCUGUACCUGCUGCUAACAAAGGUGCUGCUAGCUUAGACAGCAUUGUUAGCUCAUUAGCUAACAUACCCAGCUUAGCGGGGAUUGUUAGCAAUGUGGCUAACCCUGCUGUUAGCUCAACGACAACCCAUGCCACCCCAUCGGCCACGCCCUCCUCCCUGCAGAGGAUCGGAGGUGCUCACACAGAUGUUGGGGCUUUGUCACAGCUGGUGAUGUCAACUUUAGACCAGAACGAAGGAGUCACAUUACCUCCACUAGAGGGAGCUGCUGAGCCUUCAAAGGAAGGUUUAAACCCGUCUCCUCAAUCCACCAAAAAAGAAAACGUCACACUGUUGGCUUGUUGGACGAACCAAGAGGAAGCUGACACCGACUCAUCCAAUGAGGAGGAAGAUACAGAAGUUAGCGCUGUCCCCUCUCAUGCCAACGGACCAGCGGAAGGAGAUCCUGCCUCUAAUCCAUCUUCAAAUACCACCAACCCCCCAUUGAGUCCUUCAGGUCGCCUGGUCCCCACUAGGCCAGCCCCACCACCUCCCCGUCCUCCAGGCCCAUCAAGAAAGCCUAUGAAACAGAAGACUCCAAGGGCGGCCACCAUUCGAGUGUCCAGGAAGAAGGGGGUCAGCGGGGGUUCAACACCACAGAGUGCUGUGGUCAGAUCCAGCUGGCUAGACGUCUGGAAGGGCUUUAGACACAACGUUUUAUGGGCCACUUUGGAUGGACAGCUGAUGUCUCUGUGGAAGAAACGCACAGACCGGUUCAGUGAGGUCCUCUUUCAUGUCUCCAGUAUCACAAAUGUGAAGAAACAAGACAAACGCAGAUUCUCUGUCUACUUCAAGAAGAAACAUUAUGACUUCAUGGCUCAUAGUGAUGAGGUCCAUGAUGGUUGGGUCACGUCUCUGCUGGCGACAAGAGGCAAGCCAAGCCCCGCCCCCUCAGAGCUUCAUGGACAAAUCACCUUCAAAGACACACGGAGCCGCGCCUAUGCCGCUCUCUGGGGUCAUGACCUCUGGAUUUAUCCCAACAAAGAGGGCUUCCAGCUGGGCAUUGCCUCCUUUUCUGUCCCCCUGAAUGUGGCCACGGUCAAAUCGACAGGAAAACACUCGUUUAACCUCAUCACUCCAUACAAGACCUUCAACGUGUCUGUUGAGUCAUCAAAGGAUCUGUCUGCCUGGGUGGAUGGUCUGUCCUCAUCUAUUUGUAGUGCUCUGUCCUGCAGCCAGGUGGCGCUACGUCUCUGGGAAAAUCCUGACAACAAAGUAUGCGGCGACUGUGGCUUGGCCAAUCCUGAGUGGGCGUCAGUAAACCUGCUGUUGGUCAUCUGUCAGGCCUGUGCAGGUCAUCAUCGAGCUCUGGGCAGCAACCUGUCAAAAGUACGUAGUCUGAAGAUGGACAACAAGGUCUGGACUGAACCUCUCAUACAGCUUUUUCUCAGCUAUGGUAACCGGCUGGCCAAUGAGGUGUGGGCUCCAGCGGUGCCCGCGGCAGAGCAGCUGCGUCCAGAGUCGUCUGAUGAGGAGAGGUCAAAGUUCAUCCAGGAUAAAUACAGCAGGGGGCGCUACAGACGAGUCCACACUCUGACCUCUUCGCACUCCCUGAUGGAUCAGAGACUACGUGAGGUGGUUUGUGGAGACGACAUAGAGGAAACAAUGUCCCUAAUCUGCUCAGGUGCAAAGGUGUGUCAGUCAGACCUUCAGAGCCCCUCCCCCAUCGUGCUGGCUGACAGGGCGGGUAAGGCUCUGCAGGCCGAGUUGCUGCGACUCAACGAAUACACAGUGGUCCCAUCUUACCAGCCACAAUCAGCCAAUAGGAGACCUGACUCCACCCUUUCAGGUGAGGAAGAGGAGGAGCUUCAUGGCAAACUGGAAGAAGAUCGUUUUCUCUUCUCGUUAGAAAAUGACUCGGCAGCGUGCGACGUCCUCGACCUGCGAGAAGUUCUGUCCAUCUUUCUAAAGGACGGACCCGCUCAUGAGUUUGAGAUGGUGACACUGAACGAUAACCUGAUCUGUGCCGCGGACAGUGAGGACGAGCUGCUGAGUCACCUGGUUCACAUACUGAAGGUGAUUCUCCCAGGGGGCGUGUCUUAUGCAGAGGUGGGUGGAGCCUCUGCUGUAAGUAAAGUGCGUGUCGUCGAAGUGGGCGGAGCCUCGAGUUAUUCGGACACCUGGUUGUUACUAUGGGAGGACGGAAUCAGCGUUCAUCCCAUCAACAGGGACACACAACAGACUCUGAGGAUGGAACUGAGCAUGCUCAGUCACCAUGAAAUGGAUCCAUCUGAAAACAUCAUCACCAUAGUGACUGCAGACAGGAGUGUGUUGUUCCGUUUCGAGGAGCAGCACAGCUGUCAGUCCUGGUCCAAGCAUCUCCAGAGAGCCCUGACCAAUCAGAGAGCAGCUCCUCCUGCAGCCAAUCCCAGCUCGGCCCGUCAGUCCCUGUACCCUGUGUCGGCCUUGUGGUCGAGGGGUUCGGUACCACCAGCCAUUGAGCGCUGCAUCUCCCACAUCACAGCCCAUGGUCUGAAGGUGGAGGGUGUGUACCGGCGCUGUGGCCUGGCAGUUAAAGUCACCCGAUUGGUGGAGGCUCUACUGACAUCGCCUAGCUCCGCCCCUCUGGAGAGUGAUGAGCAGGGUGUGUUGGACGCAAGCUCCGCCCUCAAACAAUAUGUCCGCCAACAGAAGAGUUUGAUCCCUGACAAAGUGCAACAGCAGUGGCUGCAUGCUGCAGUGAUUUCAGACGAACGAUCCAGGUUUUCAGCCUACCGACGGUUGCUAAGGGAACUUCCUGAUGACAACCGAGCAACACUGAAUGCACUGUUUGGACACUUCUACAUGGUCCAGGUGUUCUCUCAGGUGAACAAGAUGUCGGCUCACAAUCUGGCUCUGGUUCUGGUCCCAACUCUGUUUCAGACUCUGAACCAGGAUUUGGUCAGACUCACAAGAGAGUUCAUCAUCCAUCACUCACUGUUGUUUGUGACACCCAAGGGAGAGGACAGAGAGGAGGAGGAAGAACAGAUCACUGUCUUCUGAGGAAGAGGAGAAGAAGACAACCGUCUCUAACAAUACUGUUUACCAGUGAAGUGAUUUAGAGGUGUGAGGUCACAGUUUUACUCAUGAUCAAACUUUAUACACAGCUGUAAGUCAAAGUGUGUGUGGACAGUCAGUCACUUCAGGAAGGGUUUUAUCAAAUAUAAAAAUGUAAAAAUAAAUGAGGUGAUUGUUGUUUCUC